AUGUCGGACGAAGAGCACCACUUCGAGUCGAAGGCCGACGCCGGAGCGUCCAAGACCUUUCCGCAGCAAGCCGGUACCAUUCGGAAGAAUGGUUACAUAGUCAUCAAAGACCGCCCUUGCAAGGUUGUAGAAGUUUCCACCUCCAAGACUGGAAAGCAUGGUCAUGCCAAAUGCCACUUUGUUGCAAUUGAUGUCUUCACUGCAAAAAAGCUUGAAGAUAUUGUGCCCUCUUCCCAUAACUGUGAUGUUCCUCAUGUCAAUCGUACUGACUACCAGCUGAUUGAUAUUUCUGAGGAUGGAUUUGUGAGUUUGUUGACUGAAAAUGGCAGCACCAAGGAUGACCUGAAGCUCCCAACUGAUGAUACUCUGCUGGCCCAGAUCAAGGAUGGUUUUGCGGAGGGGAAGGACCUGGUUGUGAGUGUUAUGUCUGCAAUGGGAGAAGAGCAGAUAUGUGCCCUGAAAGACAUUGGGCCGAAGUAGCUUUUGAUGAUUUAUAUGGGUGGCUAAUAGCUUUGAUUAGCUUUUGCCAUUCACAAACAAAGCAGAGAGCUGUGACAUGGGUCUAUGUGGGGUAAAAGUAGAAAUUAUAUCACUUAUAUUAAUACCAUUUUGAGGCUUUGUUUUUGAAAAUUCAAUAAUACUCUUUUAUUUAAUGGGAUGUGGUGAACUCUGAUACUUUGAUUGAUUGUACUCUUUGUUGAACUGUUGUUGCUUCUCCUAAGUUCUACCCCUGUUGAUGCUGGGCUUCUCCCACUCUUGUUGAACUCGGAUUUGUAUUAGAAUGUUUACAUAGAAUAUGAUCUCACUUUAUCUGCCCCGAAUGAGCAUUGACAAUUGAAAUUUUAUUAAG